UCCUAUUUUUAACGGAAUAACAAAUUUAUCAAAUUGAAGACAAAAAAGGAAAGAAGCAAUGGAAACAAGUUGAUGUGAAUCUAAAAGAACACAUGAAGAUUCCAAUAUUUGCAAAGAAGGGUGUGAAAUUCUAUGAUGAAGAAUUUGAUGAAUACAUGUCAAAGAUAGGAGGUGAAAAAUUAGCACAAGAUAAACCACUUUGGGAAGUGCAUCUAAUUAAGUAUCCAACAAGGAAAAACAAUGCUGCGGGUACAUCGGUAGUUAAGUUACACCAUUCCUUAGGAGAUGGCUACACCCUAAUGGGGUCAUUGCUUUCAUGUGUCAAAAGAGUUGAUGAUCCUUCAAUUCCCAUAACCUUUCCUUCAAGCCAUGCAACAACUUCAUCUAUUAAGAGAUUACCUGAAUCCAUCUUUUCAAUGUUUAAAAGUGCAUCUGAUUUUGGAUGGAACAUAUUAAGAGGUUCAAAUUUUAUUGUUGAUGAUCAAUCACCAAUAAGGCCAGAGAAUAAGGAAUUCAAACAUGGUUUUGGUAUCUCAAAUGUCACUCUCUCUUUGGAUAGCUUUAAAGUGGUAAAAAAUAAGCUCAAAGUGACCACAAAUGAUACCCUAGUUGGCAUGAUCUUCCUGGGAAUAAGGUUAUAUAUGGAAGCAAAGAGUUAUGAAUCAAGAAAAACACAAGCAACAGCAAUAGUGAUGCUUAAUGCAAGAAAAAUUAGAGCUUACAAAUCAGUGGAGGAGAUGCUUCAAACUAAUUCAGACACUUCAUGGGGGAAUCGAUUUCAUUCCCUCCACCUUCCAAUACCCAAAUUAAGCGAUGCCAAUACAUGCAACCCACUUGACUUUGUUUUGGAGGCCCACAAAAUCAUUAUUGGGCUCAGAAAUUCUUCGGUCCUUCCUUUAAGCGGUUUGAUUUUGCGGAUGCUGGACAAAAUUAAAGGCACAGAGGUUUGUUGUAGCUCAACAUUUCUUGUCCAACAAAAAAAAUAG